CCCAUGUCCUUCUGGCCCUAUGACGAUCUCUCUGGCUCUCUUCCUCCACUAAUAAGAGAAUAUUCUAAGAGCCCCAGCUCCAAGCACAGCAGGAGUAGGUACCGUAGCUGCGUAUGUUGCUGCAGGUCAGGUCUCAUUCAGCCCCUCCAUUCUCUCGGUCCGCCCGCCAUUGACGCACUAGGCGGCGUGUGACCAUUUAAUAAAUGUUGAGUUUACUGCUCAAUUGGGCGUCUUCUCUCGAACUUAUCCAUUUCUUCAUAAUAAGUGCCUCUCCUCAUCCCCGAACUCUUGCUACUCAGUUUGCCUCGCUACUGAAACCCUCUCUCAGUUGGCGCCCCUCUUGACCCGAGACUGGGACCCCUGCCUGCAAACCAAAGAUCCCCGCUUCUAUUUCAACAGCUGAGCUCUUUGCCUCUCCAGAACAAAAACAGAGCACAACGAAACUGAGACCAUGUCUCUCAAGCCUGAUGACCGGUCCCGCAAGGAUCGUUCUCGAUCUCGCUCUCGUGACCGCCGUUCAAAGAGUGAUGUCGCACCUGAGCGCCCUUCCUACAACGAUAAUCGCGAACCAAGUUACAUCUAUCCAGAGGAUGAUCUCAAUGAUCGCUAUAGUCGCCCAGGCGCACCGCAAGCAAGCGGCGCUCUACCGUAUCCUGAAGAGGGAGGCAUCUAUCCUGUGAUUCCCGGAAACCCAUCUCAGUACAGCUACGACUCUCAGCCGCCCACUUAUCGAACCGCUUCUCCGCCAAGAGACUCGCCAUACCGUUCCUCGCACGACAGGGUCGACAGCAGCCUUCCAGGAGCCUUCCCAGAUGACCGCCGCCGCGAGAAAGAUAGGGACCCAUACAUUCAAAAUGCAGAGCCUCGUGCUAAAGAAGACGAAGACAAAUUUAGCUUCCUGCCACAGAAGUACAUGCGCAAGCUCACUGGAUCUUCAGGCAACGACAAGGAGAGGGACAAGGAUGACGAUGGCUUGGCCUACGGAAAGCCUCCCGUGCCUGUGCGACCUAAAGACUCUUCGGACUUGGCUUAUGGAAAGGCCACCGGAGCUCCGUCAACUGCUAGCCAGGUUAUGACUACAUAUAACCCUCCCCCAGGUUCUGAAGACCCGUACUAUGCGCAACAACCACCCUACGGAUAUUCUCAUCGAGAACCUGCAAGUCCGUCCGUUGACCAGUAUGGUUCACGCAAGACAAGGGAAGAUGCACGAUACGACGACACCUACGGCUCGGGUGCCAACGUCAUGACCGUUGAGCCUCGAAGCCGCGACGAUGAGAAACACCGUGACCGACGCAGGGACAGGUCUUCCGGUCCCCGAGGUAGCUCAGACCGCUUGACUGUCGACUCAAGCAGUCGAAAGCGCGAGAAGUCACGCGACAGAUCACGAUCUCGCCGGAGAGAUAAGUCGCCUUCACGAGAUACUCUGGGAGUAGACAAACACCACAGGCAUAGAUCACGAUCAAGGGACGGUCACAGAUCGCGGUCUAGGGAUAAGCACCGUAGCCGAAAAGACAAGUCCCCUCAGCCCCCCAGUGAGAGAAUGUCAGGUCUCAGCAUCAACACUGGGCUGACUGUGGGAGGCUUGGCCGCCGGCGGACUGGCUGGCGCAUCUCUAGCCAAUGCGCCUCCGUCGCCCAUGCUCGAGUCAUACUAUGGUACUUAUCAGGACUGUUCGCCUAUGCCGUCUCCUCUACUGCUCGCCUCAAAGCACCCAAGUGAUGACAAUAAAGCUCUUGAGGCGCUCUCUCCAUUGGGUUCUGAUAAUGAGGGCGAUAGCAGACGCCGUAGCCGACGUGCCCGCUUCCAUGACUCCGAAGAUAUCACCACUCAACUUGCACAGGCCCUCAAGGGAAGCCGCCGUCCUGAUACCGAGCCACUCAUUGAAAUCCUACCAAGCUUGACGCAUGAUCAAGUGAUGAAGCUUCGUGCGGACUACAAGGCACUUGUCAAGACGGGUUCUGAGCGCAAAGGCGUGAACAUCGCCAAGCAUAUUCGUGCUCGUCUCAAAGAUGAAGAUCCGCUGUUGAUGAAGGCCUGCUACUCCGUUGCUCUCGGCAUGUGGGAGAGCGAGGCAUACUGGGCCAAUUUCUGGUACCAGGGCGACAAGACUCGCAGGGAGCUUCUCAUUGAGUCUCUUAUGGGACGCACCAACGGCGAAAUACGUUACAUCAAGGAUGCAUUCACGGAUAAGAAAUAUGACAACAGCCUCGUCAAGUGUAUGAAGGAAGAACUCAAGGAAGACAAGUUCAAAAAAGCUGUUCUCCUUGUUUUAGAAGAGCGACGCAUGGAGGAAUACGAUCAUUAUGGUCGACUUGUGCCAAUUGACUAUGCUCUUGUUGACCAGGACGUCGCUGACUUGCGUCGAUCUGUGAGGUCUGAAAAGGGUGGCGAGACGGCGAUGAUCAACAUCAUCAUACUUCGAAGCGACUCUCAUCUACGCGCCAUUCUGCAGGAAUAUGAGCGACAGCAUCGCUCCAACUUUGCUCGCGACGCUCUCAAGAAGAGCGGAAAUCUUGUGGGUGAACUCUUAGCCCACAUCCUCAAUGGUGUUAUCAAUCGUCCUGUUCGUGAUGCCCUCCUCAUCCAUCAUGCCACCUCAGCGUCUCGUAAAGAUGGCCUUCGCCGCGAGCUGCUCAUCUCGCGUCUCGUUCGAUACCACUGGGAUCCACACCACAUGCGCGCUGUGAAGCAAGCCUUCCGGGAGCGCUACGGCAGGGGCAUGAGAGACGCCGUUCGCGAUGCGACGAGCGGUGAAUGGGGCGAGUUCUGUGGUGAAUUGUGCAUUGCACGUAUGCCUGACGACGUCAGAAAAUUCGACAAGGUCAGCUAUAGCGUGAGAUGAGCAGAUUAUGAUUUAUGAUUACAUGAAUAAUAUAAGGAAUUGGGUGUGGCAUGGAAGAGCUGCGCAUCUUUUGCAGCACUUGGAUCAUGACGAUACGUUACUGGGUUUUCAUUCGGUUAUAGAAAUAGCACUCUAUAUGUACUUCAACCUCAACUCAUUUCUUCAACUUGAUGCUAACAUCAAAGUUUGUUCACUGCUUAUGAUCUCUUUGAUCCUUUGCCUCCUCUUCCGCCCUUCCCUUUUCCUCCUGCACCCUUCUUGCUACCACCUCCGCCUCCAGCAGCAUUUCCACCAGUACCACCCGCCAUCAUGACCCUCACUUUACCGACCGGUACGACGUUGAAUGUCUCUUCAGGCUUGAGCGCCUUGAUAAGCUCAACUUCACGCGGCCACAUCCUUUCAGUGUCACGAGCGGUUUCGUCAACAACACCCUUCUUAGUAGAAGCUGCCUUCCAACGAUCGAGAACCUCUUUAACUGCUUUGCCCUUCUUGGUCGCACCGGGCUGCAACUUCGCUUUGUACUUGUAGCGUCCGAGAGCGUUCCAAGGGGCACAAACAGGGAUGAUCUCAAGGAUCUCAUCUCCGGGAAGAGGCGUACCAACAAUGGAGUCAAGCACAGUCAUCUGGCUGGCUUCGUCCUCAUCAAGAAUAUCAACGCCUUCCUCCAUCAUAACACGUCGAAUCUCCUCGUGUUCGGCAGUCUCUUUCUGCUCUCGUUGGUGCUGCGCACGACGUCGCUCUUUAGCAGCAGCGAGCUCGAGCUCACGGUCAACCUUAGCUUUUGCCUCGGCUUCAGCCUUCUUUUGUCCAACUGUUGCUCCGAUCAAAGCUUCUGCGGCAGCUCGAUCUUCCUCAUCUUGAUGCUUAUACUUUGAGGCGAUCUUCUUCGCCUUGCCCUUCUGGCCUCGCUUGGGGGGGCCUUUCUUCGAAGAGCUGGGGCCGUUGUUCUUCAGCCUUGUGUCAACUGGCUUGCCAGCUGUCUCGUCAUCCGGUCUAGCUGACUCGUCAUCUUCGCCCUCUUCUGCUUCUCCUCCCACUGCUUCAUUUUCAUCUAGUUCCGCCACUUCUUGGCUAUGAGACUCGUCGGCUGUGUCAUCCGAGAUCUUGAGAUCAGACAAGCCUUCUUCAGCCUUUUCAACCUCGUCGUUGCGGUCUUCAUCCUUACCGAAAGCCUGAAGUGGGUUGUCACGUGACUCUUCGUCUUGUUGUUCAUCUUCGGAUUCAUUGUCAGAUGGUUCGGCUGAUUGUUCUCCUUCAAGUUCGUUCAGAUCGCCUGCCCUGUCUGCUGGUUGCGACGUCGCUACUGCCGAAGCUUCAUCGCCACCGGUAGAGUUAGCAUCGUGUAGACGAUGCUUCACAUGCUUGGCUUUGCUCUCCUCGCUGAUCUUAAAUGCAACACCUAGACCGAGUAGAAGUUGAGCUGGAGGCAGAAAAUUCUUCUUUCCCCGGAUCAUGAAACUUCCUGCCGGUAGAAAUUCGCCUGUCGGUGCAGAUUUGGAAACUUGAUCAGCGUUUACCCACCAUGCAGACAUGCCCGCUUUCGAGUCCCAAGCAUUCGACGAACACACGGCGAGUGAUCCGGCUUGAGACAGUGUCGCUGGGGGAAUGGGCGCAUCAGGGGUUUUUGGAUUGUUCUUGAUAAUAACGCUCGAUGCCCCAUGCAGAUCUGCGUGGCAGUAUACAUCGCCUUUCCGGAGAUAUUUCUUGUAGAUCAUCUCAUUUUGCUGGGCAUCUUUGCCUCCGAUCACAAGAUAUCCGUCGGAUGAGAUAAACCAAACGAAUUUCUCAAACCACAUUGGUUUGCGGAUUGGUUGAAGCAGUGCCUUUUCCUGUUUCAGCCCUUUUUUGAGAUCCUCGGUGAUUUUUUGCUCUGCAUUCUUCAGAGCUCUUGAGGCCUGUUGCUGGGUCUUUUCUUCCUUUACGGCCGCCGUCUUCCGCUGGUCAAAAUACUCUCGAGCAUUGCUCCAAGGGCUAAGUCCAAGGCUGAUUUCCACACUUAGGGCUUUAUUGGCCUGUUUUCCCUUUGCUGCCGAUGUACCUUCAUCGUCACCAAGCGCGCUGUCGUCGUCGUCCGUUUCGUAAGGGUCGUCUUCCUCUGGCUCAGAUUCUUCCUCGGCCAGCUCAAGCGUAAUGAGAUUCUCGGCAAGGUUUAGAGGGAGUUUGAUAAUCUCAGCAACGGGGUUGUGCCGUUUUUUCUCGCGUUCCACCAAUUUGCCGACAUCUACCCAAUCCAUUCCUUGGCUGAGUAAUCCAUUGACAGCAUCCAUAGCUUCUUGAACUCGUUCAGCGUUCGCUUCAAUGGCGGCGGCUUUGCGAAAGUUGAGGGCCUGGGCCUCUUGAAGCCCUUCGAUUCGUUUGCUCUGUUCAUUUCGCGCGGCCUCCAACUUGCGCUUCGCAGCCGCUUCUCGCUCGCUUAGUCGGGACUCCAGUCUCUGGCCCUCUAAAGAUGAGAAAAAUUCGUCAACUGUCUCAUUGUAUCCUGUGAAUUCAAGGACCUCAAUGGUGGGAUCCUUUUUGAGUUUGUAGGGGACAAACGGAUGAAAAUCUUCGUAUAGAAGAUUGUCACGCUGCGUCUUGGAUUCGUCACUAGCCUCUGCUCCCUCUGUUCUUUCCCUGCGCUUCGCGAAUAUGUAGCCGGUGCAUGCUUCUGAGCUGGUGAGCUCUUCCACACUUUGUCUAGCCUCUUGAAGUGACUUAACCAAAUCAGCCAGCAGCGUUUCAUUGGCCAGUAUUUCAUCAGGCUUGAUAGUGGUGUCGAAAUUAUUUGUGUGUAGCCAGUGGUCCACAAGCACUGGAGGCAAUUCUGUAAUUGAUACAGCCAAACUCUUUCUCAGAUCACCACCAGGCUUACCCUUCUGCUUCUUCGAUGAUGCAAUAGCGGUAGCUGCUUUUUCCACGGCAGUCCUUAGGGCAUCUUGUACCCUUUCUCUUGUCAAAGGAGG